GCAGUUGCCAUCAAACAGUUGCCGAGGAGAGUCCCCCAAUGGAGCAAGGAAAACUAAAAGGAGAAGCAGGACUCUGUCUGCCCGAAGGACACCUCCACUUCCACGAGGGCAUCAGGCUCAUCUCGGACUACGGAGAGAUAGACGACAAUGAUGCGGAUUGGCUGGUGGAUGCUGAAGCCAUCUGUUUGGUGCUGACAGAGGCAAUGGCCGGAAAGGAUGUGGUCUACAAAUACAUGCUGAAGCAUCUCCUAGCCACGGCUACGUUUUACAGAGGGUCCAAAAUUGACUUUCCCCUGGAUUUUGAGCAAUAUCUCCGCUUCCGUAUGCCCUUUCCGGUGACUCCUGUGUUCAAUUCCUCACAGCCUGGUUAUAUCAAUCUGCUAGCUCCCACCUUGCAUCCCAUGGUGAGCAAUGGGUACGUGAAUCCCGAGAGUGUUCAGCUCCUUUUGCGAGGAAACUUAAGAGAUGCAAUUAGACGGCUGAAUGUCAUUCGUUGUCCCAGUGGACUCCAGUACAAGCUCACCUAUCGGACGCAUGAGAUCGGUGAUCAGGGAUUCGUUCACGAAAUCGUGGCUUGCGAGAAACGCGUCUCCGGCGGAAUGCCCAGUGUUGUGUCCUUCGUCUUCCUACCGGCCAUGGAGUUUAGCUUCGCGGAGCAUCCACUGCCCACUUUCGUGCCCUCGGGACCGGCGUGGAAUCACUGCUGUAACAGCACCUUCUACUGGCUGGCUCUGUUCCAGGUAUAUCCGCACAUGGACCGCCGCAGCUUCUGUCCCUAUGUGCCGAGGAUGCAGGGCAUCCAGGAUGAACGGAUGAUCAAGUAUAGGAAUGUCCUGCGGCUGCUGCUACGCAUGGGAACGGGAAACAAUAUACCCGACAUGUCGGAUAUAUUCGUGCUAAAGGGUCUCCAUUUUUAUAGGCUUAGAUAUAAUGCCAGCUGUGAUUGCAAUUUGUCCUUGCCCACGCUUUUUAUAGAGCUUCUAGGUAUCCACAGGGAUAUUACCUACAAUGAGGCUUUACAGAAGUUCGUGACCUUUGGCGGACAGCAGACCCACUGGAUGGGGGAUGCUAUCCGUCUAUACAGCAUUACCAAAAACGUAGCCAUGUUCUACUAUAUGAACUGCAUACCCGUGGAACAGCUGAAGCACCUGUUUGGCAUUAUUAACACAUAAUCUGGGAAAAUCUCAUCUCACAUUACGUAUACGCAGCGUUGUUUAUGUGGAAAAAGCAGUUGACACAACGGACACAACACAGUUGUUAAUGGGAAUUAAUUUGUCUAUUUAUUCGAGGUGUCUCGAGGGGGAAUAUGCCACAAUUGCAAUUAUUUACAGACCACAAAUACAAACAGAGACUCGAGUCUCAGUAGUUAACAACAACGCCUACGAAACUAACAAUAAAUAC